AUGGAGGGUUGGAGUUUUGCGGGUGAUUUUGACUUUUUAGACAUUCAGGACUAUAACCGAAUUAUAGAUGAUGGAAUGGGUGAUGUCCAAAUCACUAUCAAAGCAAAUAGCUGUGAUGUAGUAUUACAGCAGUAUGAAUUGUUGAAGAAGCAAUUAGUUGAGUAUUAUCCGGUAUUAGAUGGUAAUUUUAAGUUCGAGAACAUUGAGCUGUCCCCGUAUUUGAAAGUUGCCUUUUAUAUUUUGAGAUUCGUUUUGAUUUUUAUCAUCGUGGGGUCUUGCAUUUUACUUACUAUUGAUUUUCAGACUCCAAAGCUUGCGUUCUUACUGGAAGGCCUGAAAAAGAAUCGUUAUCUUAUUCUCAUGUUCUGUUACCUGGGUUACUAUAUAACCACAAACUUUGUAUUCGCUGGUGCGUUUGAAGUCUACUUCGACGACACACUUGUAUUUUCAAAACUAGAGAAGAUGCGCUAUCCCACUCUCGAUGACUUGAAGCUUCUGCUGAAAGAUCAUUUGCAGAAGAAAGAGGCCGAAAAAAAGAAGAAAGACUAA